AUGCCGGGCUCAUACACCUCUAAAGAAGGUGUCAGUGUACCUUAUGCUGCGGGAUUCGAUGGCGGACAAGGUGACUUCGUAGUAAUCAGCUCGGACAAGAAAGCAUUUUGUGUAGAGAGCUCGAAAUUAGCCGAAGCAAGCAAAGUCUUCCGUUACAUGCUGGAAGUUGGUGACUCAAAACAACAGAAAGAACUGAAGUUGCAGAAUUCUUCGGAAGCCCUUCAUAUCUUCUUGUCCGCCCUCGUAGACAGAGACGUCAAUUUACAAUACGUUGAAUGGCCCAGGAUCAAAGAGGCCGGAGAGCUCUUUCUUCGUUUCGAGGCUUGCCAUCAUGGACCGGAACUCCUCAAAAGCUGGAUUCGAGCGGGUAAUCAUAGGGUGGAUAACUUUGAGAUGUUUGUGCUAGCAAGCAAAUUCGACGAUGUAGCAACAGGCUUUUGGUGA